CUCUCCCUGACUCGCGGGGGGUGGGGGUUGGUGAUCAGAGCGGGGGGGCUGGGAGCCGGACGCCUGGGUUCUGUUUCUAACCCCGCCUUUGUUCUCCCCCUGCUGCAGGCCCAUGGCCGAGGUGCACCUCAUCGGGCAGAUCGUGGGAGCCAGCGGCUUCCCCAGCAGCAGCCUCUUCUGCAAGUGGGGAAUCCACACAGGUGGCGCCUGGAAGCUGCUCUCCGGCCUGCGGGAGGGGCAGACGCAGGUGGAUCACCCCCAGCUGGGCGAUGUGGCCUACUGGUCCCACCCCAUCGACGUGCACUUUGCCACCAAGGGGCUGCAGGGCUGGCCCAAGCUGCACGUGCAGGUCUGGCACCAGGACCCCUUCGGGCGCAGGGAGCUCUACGGCUACGGCUUCUGCCACGUGCCGUGCAGCCCGGGCUGGCAUGCGCUGGCCUGCGUCACCUGGCAGCCCCUGGGCUCGUGGCAGGAGCGGCUCUCCCAGCUCUUUGUGGGCGGGGGGCCCCAGCUGCUGAACAGCGACCUGAUCUACACGGGGGCCGACCGGUACCGCCUGCAGACCGUCGCCGCGGGCACCGUGCACCUGGAGCUGGGCGUGCUGCUGCGCCACUUCGCCCGCUACGGGGUGGAGUGCUAGGGAGCGGGCAGGCCCCCGCCGCGGGCUGGGUGCUGUACGGACUCCCCGCUGUGGGGCGGGGCUCUAGGGAGCGGGCAGGCCCCCGCCGCGGGCUGGGUGCUGUACGGACUCCCCGCCGUGGGGCGAGUCUCUAGGGAGCAAGCAGGCCCCCGCCGCGGGGUGGGUGCUGUACGGACCCCCCCCGCUGUGGGGCGGGGCUCUAGGGAGCAAGCAGGCCCCCGCCGCGGGGUGGGUGCUGUACGGACCCCCCCGCUGUGGGGCGGGGCUCUAGGGAGUGGGCAGACCCCCUGCCGUGGGGUGGAGCGCUAGGGAGUGGGAGGCCCCCCACUGCGGGCUGGGUGCUGUAUGGACCCCCCGCUGUGGGGCAGGGCUCUAGGGAGUGGGCAGACCCCCUGCCGUGGGGUGGAGCGCUAGGGAGUGGGAGGCCCCCCACUGCAGGCUGGGUGCUGUACGGACCCCCUGCCAUGGGGCGGGGCUCUAGGGGUCUGCACAGAUCCUCUCCCUGCUGCGGGUGUGGUGCUGGGGCAGCCCUUGGAUCCGGGAGGGUCACAGCAAAUUCUCCCCCACCAUUUGGUGCCCCCAGACCCUUUCCCAGUGUGGACAUUUCAGCUGCUUCAUGUGGCUCUUUUGGAAGAACUGGGAGUGCGGGGGGGAGGGGCCCUGAGCCCUUUCCUUCUCUGGGGGGCUGGUUUCAGUCUGUUUCACGGAUGGGGGGGCAGGACUUCUGGGUUCUUUCCCCUGCUCUGCCAUUGACCCUGAUGACCGGGGCUGGUCCCGGUGCCCCUGGGGGUUGGGCGGGUGCCUGCAGCGCUGUCCGUGGGGGGCUCAGCCCCGGGGCGGGGGGGAAUCGGACCCAUCACUGGCUCCAUGGGGAGCGCUGGGGGCUGGCGGGGGGGCAGGAGCUCCCUUGGCCUCCUGCUCCCCAAAGAGCUGCCCCGUCUCUCUCCCUGCCCCCCAUUGAACAAACCCCCCUUUAUAUAAAGACCCUUUUGCACUAAGGCUUUUCCGAGAGUUUCUCUUCUCCCCACCCACCCCGGGUCGCCAUGGUGACCUCUGCAGCAAAGGAUUGUGGGGGUGUAGCUGCGGGCUGGUGGGGGGGCCGUUGACUGGGGGGGAGAAACGUCAUCAGCGAUUGCCCCCUGCAUGGCGUCCGUUCCCGUCCCAGCCUGCCGCCCCCCCGAAGUGCCUUCGCCUGUGGAACUCACUGCCACAAGGGCUGAGCGGGCUGGGCGCUCCGUGGGCACAGACCAGCCAGCGGGAGGGUGACGAUAUCCCCAGGAGGGGAUGAGUCUCCCCUGCCCCACCCCCAGCUCCCGGGGUGGGGGGCAGGUGGCUCUCGGCCCGUCGGGAGGCCCCAGCUCCUGCUCUGCCCCCCGCUCGGGCAAAGCUGGAGACGUGUCCCCAAGGUGCUGUUCCAGUGUCGCCCCAGCAGAGGGCGCCCCUGGCCCAUGUCUGCUCCAGUUAAU